AAGUGUAUCCUAAAAACGAGAAACGUCCGGAGCGCUAAAAAAGGAGAUAGAACUAACAUCAGAAUGGAUGAUAGUGCAAAAGAUAUGCAAAACAAGAAGCAAAUACUGGAUGUUAUAGAAGCAGCGAAGAUGAAUGCAAAUAUAUGGCAAACUAGGUUGGACAUUUCAGAACAGGAGAACAGACGUCUAGAACUACAAAUGAAACAAAUAUCCGAUGAAAAUGCCGAUAUGCAUACAUUGCUACAGCAGUCUGCAAGGGACAGCGCAGUCAUGCGUCUACUGAUAAGUGAAAACGAGGAGCAAAAGGACAAAAUUUCGAUUCUUCGGCAGGAACUGUUCUCGCUGCACCAAUCGCGCGAACUUGAGAAAAAAAGACUGCAAGCAGAAUACAUUAAAAAACUGGAGAAAGAACUCAGCGAUACGAAAGUAAAACUCGUUAACAAGGACGAAAACUCGGGGAAGCAAUUAGUUCAUCCUACGAAUGAAUUCGCAAACACUGUCAAACAGUCAUACGAAAGCUUACUACUGGAACGCAAACGGGCUAAUCGUGUUUACCAUUUGGCCAAACGUGUACUUGAGCAACGAAGUGAAGUUGAAUCUUUUUUUCUCAGUGCCCUGAACCAUGUGAGGAGCGAGAUAAACAAGUCCCAGUGA